AUGGCUGAACAAGAGGCAUCCCGGUUUUCUGGCAUCAUCGGUGGACGGGUGGGAAACUUCAGAAUUCGGAGAGCAGUUGCUGAUGUUGACCGUGCUGCCGGUCGUGCUCCACGCGCAGGCAGCGACAAGGUGACAAUGCAAAUCGCUUUACGAGAGCUGCUUCAUUUGAGGUGGGGCACAUGCGCAGGCUGUUGCGGAAAGGAAGAGAGAAAUCACGUGUCGCUGUUCCCCAGCUUCUCCUUCGCCGUGAUCUUCCAGUGCAAGCUGAAUGAUGGGCUGCAGGUCUCCACAGCCCAGGUCGUCUUCACUGACGACACCAUCGAUCAGGCGUUGGACAAAUGUGGACAAGACUCGAAGAAGAGCCACAUCACACUCCACUUGGCCAGACAAGUUCGUCCUCACAGCAUGGAUCGUAUCUACCCCGAGACGUUUUACAAUGUCUUACACCAUGGCGCCUGCCUUGGCAUGAUGCUGUCUGCGCUCGUUUCAUCACUUCUCGUGGUUGCGUGGACUCACGAUGCGCAGCUUGUGCCGGUGUCCUGGAGCCGAAGGCUCAACGCAGGCACGGGCGGUCCUGAGCUUGAAGUGGAGCUCUCCCUGCCGGCUGCAUCGCUGCGGCUGCGCCUAUGGCACAACCGGGCGCUGCUGCCGACCUCCGCCCAGCAUGUCUUGCACUUCCGUGGCCGAACAGAGGUGGUCCCUUUGCCUGAGAACUGCUUCUACAUCGGCGAGGUGAUGGGUGAGCCUUCAAGAGUUGCCCUGUCCACCUGCGGAGGGGGCCUCUCCGGUAUGAUAUUCCGGGGGAAUCAGACGCUCUGGCUCGAUCCCCAUCCUGAGGACCGCAAGGAGGGACAAGAUAGGAAGCUCAGGGGAAGUGGGGCGCACUGGCUCCGUACCCUCCCUGGGCAGCGAGAGCUGAACUCGGUCCAGCGAUUUCUCUCGCCGAACACCCGCAGGCUGAAUGCUGGUAGUACCAAGUACGUCGAAGUCGUGGCCGUAAACGACUUCUCCAGGUACUCCGCCUUCGGAGGGAGUUCGGGGCUGGAGACACUGGCUGCCCACACGGUCGCGGUGCUCAAUGCGGUCACGACGAUCUACCGUGCAACACCAUCGGCUGGAUCCUUCCCCUAUCCUGUCCAGGUGGUCCUGGUCGCCCAGCACACUUUUCUGGACGAAGACCCCUGGCAGUCGCACUUCCAAAGCAAUGCGGAGGUGGACCAAGCCGUGCUGCUGGAGGACUUCUUGACGUGGAGCUCUUCGCAGAUGGCUGCAGGCUCUCUGUCCGAGAACGACAACCGGGUGCUGUUGACCGGACGAGACCUCUUGGGUAGCACCGUUGGUUUUGCUCCAGUGUCUUCCAUGUGCGAUGUGGCGAGGUCCGGGUCCAUCAACAUGUGCGGCGCAAACAAUGCGGAUGUGUCCAACUGCGCGGCAGUGGUGGCUCAUGAGAUGGGCCACAAUUUUGGCAUGUCCCACGAUGCGGGAACCACUGCCUGCCCAGACUCCGGCUACAUCAUGGAAGCUGUAGGUGAUGGUAUCCCGGCCACGCAAUUCACAGGAUGCAGCGUGUCUGACAUCACGACCUUCUUUUCCCAGGUCUACACCAGGAACUCCGAGUGUCUAGAGAACAAGCCCGUGAAGGUCUUUGGCGAUCCGGUUUGCGGAAACGGCUUCCGGGAGGAAGGCGAGGACUGCGACUGCGGAUCGCCCUGCAAUGACCCGUGCUGUAAUGGUGCGACCUGCAAGUUCGCAGACCCCAGCUACGAGUGCAGCGACACUGUGGGCUCCUGCUGCGAGAGCUGCAUGAACGUGACCGCAGCGGCACAGAAGGUGUGCAGGGCCGCGCGCAACACCUGCGACCUCGCGGAAGUCUGUCCCGGGGGCACCUCCAGCUGCCCCAAGGACGAGUACACGUACCCAGGGGCACAAUGCUCACUUUCCUCGAAUGGAGCCACGUACGAUGGCCUGUGUUCCAUGGGAAGCUGCAAGAGCAUGCGCUACACCUGCGAAGUGGACGUGACACGGGACUUCGAGGGCAACUGGGAUCUCACUGAGCCCUGCGCCGCCUUCAAUGACGACUGCAGCACCGUGGUGUGUCACGAUGCAUCGAAGAGCUCUGCAGCUGACUGCGGGCAGUACUUCAGUGUCCACGGCUCGCAGAUGUCUGUCCCUGAUGGGACGCCAUGCUGGCAUCCAAGCGAGCCGAAGGGACAGCGCGGGAGUAUGUGCUUCCAGGGCCGCUGCACGCGCCCUGAGACCUUGGCCGUGGUGCCGCUCUGCGGCAACGGUGGCAUCGACUAUGGCGAGGAGUGUGACUGUGGCUCGGCAGGCGAUGCCUGCUGCGACUGUGACACUUGCCAGCUCAAAGCAACCAGUGCCUGUGCCGGGACAGACCCGUGCUGUGAUCCGGCCACAUGCUCCUUGCGCCCAAGCGGGACUGUGUGCCGUGCGGCCCUGGGCGAGUGUGACCUGGCCGAGGCUGCCGCCAACUACACGCGGCUACCAAGUACAUGUGCAGCAAUAAGCUGCGUUGUGGGGGGGAAGGUUUGCUCUGGAUCGUCAGCUCAUUGUCCUCCUGACCUUGGGAAGCCAUGGGGGUCGGAAUGCACCAGUGGCGGUGUGCCUUCCACCUGCUACGCCAACACGUGCCUCCCAAGCCUCGACAAGCAGUGCAGCGACAAGACCGCGGGAGACAAGCCGGUGGCCAGCAGGCAUUUGUCUACUGGCUCUCGUGGCGAAGCGCCCGGACAUCUUUGCACAGCUUUGAUGUGUUGCGCCUCUUGUGCUCAAGAAAUGGGAGAUUGGAUGAUAAACGACGAGCCGGUGACGGAUCCAUGGCUCUGCAGCAGCUGCUUGCGGAGUACUUCCCAGUCAACCUUCACUGUCAAUGGAGAAAGCAAAAGCAUCUACCUGGCAGCGGCUGUCGACGGGACACGCUUAAACGGCUCCCUGUGCGUCUCAGCCGAAGCCACAACGCCUCUGACCGCUGAGUUCUGCAGCAGUGCAUCCUACUUCGAUGCUUCUGUGGGCCGUUGUCUGCUUUGCUCCUCCGCCUGCGCUCAAUGCGACGGCCCGACCCACCUGGACUGCACGAGCUGCGCGAGGAACGUGAAGGAUAGCCGCGGGGCCUGUCCCAUUUUCCUGGAGGCCAUGGUCGAUGAUCGGGCAGCCACGAUCACAACGACAGCUGGCGCAGCUGGCACGACUGGCAUCAGCGGAGACGGAGGUGGAGGUGACACAACCACUCCAUCAACCGGUAUCGUUGGCGGCAGCGCGGCAUCGUCGGCCGUGAUUGUGGGUGUUGUCCUUCCCGUUGCUGCCCUGCAGCUAAUGGUGUCGGACAUCUGA